AUGAGUCGCUCCAGCGUACCUCAUGACACUCAUCGUGAGAGACAACUUCACUCUGUGUCAGUACUUGGCCUUGGAUACAUGGGUACUGCCAUAGCGAAGGCAUUCGCUCGCAAAGGACACCAGGUAUCAGUUUGGAACCGUUCCUCGGGAAAGGCAUCUGCCUUAACAGCUCUCGAACACAACGUAAAUGCAUACGAGACAGCGGGAGCCUGUAUUCAGGCGAGUCAAUUGGUCAUCACAGUCAUCACGGACAGCAGGGCAUUCAAGGCAAUAGUAGAGUCUCUCGACCCCACGGUGGGUUCUGGAAAGACACUGGUGAAUUUCAGUACAGGCACUCCCUCAGAAGUACUCAAAUCCUCUGAACUCACGAAAGACAAAUCGUUCGACGCCUUUAUUCAAGGGGCGAUGCUCGCCUAUCCUGCCCAGGUUGGUCUUCCCGAAACGAACGCAUUGUAUAGUGGCCCAGUGGAGUAUUUCGAGCCCAUUAAGGAAUCACUCGAGGUCUUGGGAAAAGCGGUAUAUCUUGAUGACGAGGAUCCAACUAGAGCGGCAUUACAAGAAGCAAUGAUAGAUACCGCUUAUUACACAGUCUGCGCAGGGUAUCUAUCAGCAAUGGCACUAUUGAAACGAUCAGGACUAUGGAAACCGGGCUUGGCAGAACCCUUCACCAGAGAAUGGAUUGUUCCUAUUUUACAACUUUCGGAACAUUACCUGGUUCCCAUUGCACAGCAGAUGGAUUCUGGAAAAUACAAGGAUGAAAAUGGGUGUCGACUAAGUAAUCAUCUCUCAUCUUUGCGGACUUUUGUGCGGACAUAUGAAGAAUUCAAUGUGGAGUCUAUUGGAUUGACAUCCUUUGCGGACAGUAUCGAGAAAAGAAUUUCACAAGGGGGUGGGGACGAGGAGUUAAGUGGCAUGGUAGACAGUUUGUAG